GCAUACGCCGCUAAAUUGCCCAUUAAAUACUAUAAAAUUUCUUUAUAUAUGAAAAACAUAACUGAAUUCUUACGAGAAAAUCCCUUUGCAAAUUUCAAAUUUAUCAACGAUCCUUUCUGUCAUAUAGUAAUCUGUUUUUCAACGAAAAAUAUUUCGUAUAAGUAGUGUUUAAUUGAUCCCCUAAAAUAUAUAUUAUAAAAAUAAAUAUAUACAUAGUUAGUUAAAAAGUCGACGGCUUGCAUAAGGGCGAAAGAAUGGCAUCUCUUUCCGGGCAGAGUACUCCCAAAUUAACGUCUGGCGUCGGCAAUCUUUAUUAUGACUCCAUCCUUCCUUACCGAGAGGACGCUAAUCCUCAAACCCGUGAGUUCCUCGCGAGGGUCGUCGAUGUUCUUCUCGACCAUAUUCAGAAGGUCAAUGACAGGAAUGAGAAGAUCCUGGAAUUCAGGAUGCCUGAGGAGAUGUUUAGAAUGCUGGAUCUUCACCUUCCAGACGACCCCCUCCCCUUGAAGCAACUUUUGGAAGACUGCAAGGUCGCCCUGAAACAUCAAGUCAAGACCGGUCACCCCCAUUUCUUUAACCAGCUGUCUUGUGGUCUGGACAUCAUCUCCUUGGCUGGUGAAUGGCUGACGGCCGCUGCGAACACCAACAUGUUUACAUAUGAGAUAGCUCCUGUCUUCAUCUUGAUGGAGAACGUGGUUCUGGAGAAGAUGAGGAACAUGAUUGGCUGGAAGAAUGGUGACUCUAUUUUGGCUCCAGGUGGUUCUGUUUCGAACCUGUAUGCCUUCCUGGCAGCUCGGCAUCACAAGUUCCCGCAGUAUAAGGAAAAGGGUCUCUCCAGCAUUCCCGGACAUCUUGUCAUGUUCACCUCGGAUCAGUGUCAUUACUCGGUGAAAUCCUGCGCGUCGGUCUGCGGUCUGGGUACUGACUACUGUGUGUGCGUGCCCUCUGACGAGAAUGGGCGCAUGAUCACCAGCGAGUUGGAGCGUCUUGUGAAAUACCAUCGUGAUAGAGGAAAUGUACCGUUCUUUGUGAACGCGACGUCUGGUACCACGGUGCUGGGAGCCUUCGAUCCCCUGAUGGAAAUCGCUGAUAUCUGUCAGAAAUACGACUUGUGGAUGCAUGUUGAUGCGGCCUGGGGAGGUGGUCUUUUGUUUUCGAAGAAGUACCGUCACCCUCGUCUGACUGGCAUCGAACGAGCUGACUCCGUAACCUGGAAUCCGCACAAGCUGAUGGGAACGCUUCUGCAAUGUUCCACCGUUCACUUCAAGUACGAGGGCAUCCUCUUGAGCUGCAAUGCAAUGUCCGCGGAGUAUUUGUUUAUGACAGACAAGAUCUACGACCCUCGGUAUGAUACUGGUGAUAAGGUGAUCCAGUGCGGUCGUCACAAUGACAUCUUCAAGCUGUGGCUGCAAUGGCGUGGCAAGGGUACUUCCGGCUUCGAGCGCCUCAUGGACAGGCUGAUGGAGCUGUCCGAGUAUAUGGUCAGACGCAUCCGUGAACAGAACGACAAGUUCUACUUGAUCUUGGAGCCGGAGAUGGUGAACGUCAGCUUCUGGUAUCUGCCAAAGCAGUUGCGUGGACUGCCCCAUGAUAAGAACAAGGAAAUCAAGCUUGGAAAAGUCUGCGCCAAGCUGAAGGGCCGCAUGAUGCAGUCCGGGACACUGAUGGUAGGCUACCAGCCGGACGACCGGCGGCCGAACUUCUUCCGCAACAUAAUUUCCUCAGCGGCCGUCACCGAAAAGGACGUGGACUUCCUCCUCACUGAGAUGGACCGCCUCGGACAUGACAUCAUUGUCGACUAAAUUUAUUUAUAACCUUGUCCUUAAAGAAAUAAAAAAACGAAUAUAUCGAAUGUUAUUUUAAUGUGUUUUAAAAUUUAAAUGUGCUUAAAAAUGAUAUUUGCUGUUUUGAAAUUUAAAUUCUUCCAAUAGUAUAAUCUAUAAAAAAAUAUAACUGCAUAUGUAUGUCUAUUUUUAGUCUGUUUACUUCGGAAUGUGGAAUUAUAUUAAAUAUAAUCGUUAAUGUUAUAAUAAUAAAGUAAUUUCAUUAGUUUAAUGGUUAUGUUUAAAAGAAUAUUAACGGUCGAAAGUUUUUUUUAUAUACAAUAAAUUUAGCCUCUAUGACGUCAUUUUGUCAUUCGAUAAACAAUCAUUAUAUUGACAAUGAAAAUAUAUCUUAUCGUUCUAGUAAAUGUUAGACUUUUAGCAAAUAAAUAUUAUUAUAUAUUAAAAUUAUACAAACAGCUAUGGUACGGAUGCGCGUGGAUGUUUGUGAGGAUAUCUGUUUUUUUGUUAUUUUGUCAUGAUUUUUAUACUAUAUUUAAAUUUUUUAUUCGAAAAUUACAUUUAAAAAAUUAUUGAGUGAACGAAAUCAUCUCUAUUAUUAAUAUACUUAUUAGAUAUAUCAUAUAGUCAGGUACUUAUAGAUUGUUGGAAAAAUAUGUUAUAAUAAUAUAUUUGUUAUGCUAAAAGCUUAUAUUAGUUUAUUAAAAACGCUUAGCGUAUAUAAUUUAUGUUACUAAGAUAUAAAUAUAUAAUGAUAUAUAUAGAUUUCAUUAUUAUUAUGUAUUACCGGCCACCGUGUAACGGCACGGCGCCGCUACCGGGAGACAGCGCGGCGUCGUGCCGCAGCACACAUCACGUCCUUAAUAAAUGCUAUAAUUAUGAUCAAAAUUAAAUAUAAAUAGUUAUAGUUAGUCUAAAAUAGGUAUAAGAUUUCUGAUUCACGUAUAUGCGGACAUAUCUCCCGUUUUGCCAAUUAAAAAGUAUAUUUUGUAUCUUUAAAAAAUAUUUGGCAUAACAGGUUAUACUCGUUUUAAAAUUCUCUCUUUAUUAAUUUUAUCUGUGAUAAAUAUUUUUUAACAAAAAUAUUGUCUAAGGUUUUGUAGUAAUUGUAUUUUUUUUUGUAUUUUCUAUCUUCUAGAGGUAUUUUAUACUUUAUUAUGUAGAAUAUAUAAAUACUCGCCUUAUUUUUUUCAUUAGAAAAAUGAUUCAAUAAUUUAAAAAAUCUUAGUUUUUGUUGCUUAAUAUCUUCAAUGAAAUAAUUAAUAUCAAUAUUAUAUUCAUAAAAUUAGUUAGAGAUUAAGAUGUAAGGAAAAACAAAUUGUAAAUAUAAUGCAAAAAUGUGACGAUGACAAUACUGAAGUAGAUUAGUGGUAUUUUUAUUUCAUUUUGUGUUAAAUAACGGCGUGUAGCCAUUGGCGCCAUUUUUUUAUAGAUUAUAAAAUAUAUUUAUAAGCGAUUUGAAUGAAACUGUCUGUCAAAUUAUGAAUUAAAAUGUAAAUAUGUAGCGUGUUACCAUUUGCAAUUAUUUUGAUAUUGUACUUUUUUCCAAAAUGUUCGAAUCCAUUUUUAAAUUAUGUCAACUGUAUUUUUACAACGAAAAUAAUUUUCUUAUUUUUUAUUUUAAUACGUUUUUUAUAUUUAUUUAUAUAAGAAUAAAAAUGUAUAAAGCUUGUUACUUUAAAUAUAUUUUCAAUGUCAAUAUAAAAUUACAUAAAUGGUCUUCCAAAAUGUCUUCCUGAUUAAAAUAAUCGUAACUUAGAAAAUGUUUGAAUGUUCCCUUAAAACGUGUGUAUGUAUUUUAUUAGUGUUUUGGAAUGUUUAGAAUUUAGAUGCGAUAUAUCUUGAGAAUUUUUGAUCACUUAUAACGUGACGAAAUAUUAGCUGAUAUUAUCUUACUCCACUUGUUGCUAUAUGUAAAAAACUGUAUAACCAAAAUAAAUGGAAUUGUUGUUA